AUGGUGGAGGGCAUCCUCAAGCGGUUACCAGAGGAGCAGCGGCUAUACAAGGACGACCAGCUCCUUGAUGAUGGAAAAACUCUGGGCAAGUGUGGCUUCACUAGUCACACAGCACGGCCACAGGCCCCAGCCAGAGUGGGCCUGGCCUUCCGAGCAGAUGACACCUUCGAAGCUCUGAGCAUCGAGCCCUUCUCCAGCCCUCAGCAGCUUCCAGAUGUGAUGAAGCCACAGGAUUCUGGAGGCAGUGCCAGUGAACAAGCUGUACAGUAA